CAUCACGAAAGUCAAGAUUCCGCAAGAGGUCGGUGUAUUACUUCCGUAGACAACUGGGGAACUGUCAAGAUGAAAGUCUGUGUGUUUUUACUGUUUUCUGCAAUAAUUUGCGUUUAUGCAGAGUUGCCAAAGAUCAGAUUUGAGUACAAAUACAGUUUCAAGGGACCGCAUAUUGUGCAGAAAGAUCGCAGCGUGCCAUUCUGGGAAUAUCAAGGAGAUGCCAUAGCCAGUGAUGACAACAUUCGAAUCACCCCAUCACUCAGAAGUAAAAAAGGCUCUGUUUGGACAAAGAGUGCAGCUAACUUUGAGAACUGGUCAGUUGAAGUUGUCUUCAAAGUCACAGGCAGGGGAAGAGUAGGGGCAGAUGGACUGGCUGUUUGGUUCACAGAGAUGAAGGGUAUAGAGGGACCUGUGUUCGGAAGCAACGACUACUGGAAAGGCUUGGCUGUGUUCUUUGAUUCAUUUGACAAUGACGGACAGAACAACCCUAGUAACAUGGCUGGCUCUGACCCUUCUCGAGGAAUUCACAACAACCCCUACAUCAUGGCCAUGGUGAACGACGGAACAAAACAAUACGAGCAUCAAAAUGACGGUAUCAACCAGCAGCUGGGCGGCUGUAUGAGAGACUUCAGAAACAAGCCAUUUCCCAUCAGGGCCAAGAUUGAGUACUACCAGCAUGUCCUCACUGUGUUUUUCAACAGUGGUCUCACAAACAACAAGGAUGAUUUUGAGCUCUGUCUCCGAGCAGAGAACGUGAUCCUGCCUAAGUCUGGCUACUUUGGUGUGAGUGCUGCCACUGGGGGACUUGCAGAUGACCAUGAUGUGCUAGCCUUCCUCACCCACUCCCUGGUGCCCCCAGGUCAGAAGGUGGAGUCCCGGAUAGACGAAACAGAGAAAGCCAAGUUUGACAAAGAAUUUGAUCAGUACUACGAGCAGUUGGAGAAACAGAAGAAAGAAUACCAGCAGCAACAUCCAGACAAGCAGGAACACUUUGAGAACCCAGAGAACGCGUACGAGAACCAGGCAGACCGCGAAUUGAGGAUGAUCUUUGAAGGCCAGAACUUCAUUCAUCAGACUCUGAAGGAGCUCGGCAAGAGGUUUGAUGAGCUGCUGGGUCGUCAGGAGUUGGUGCUGUCUAGAGUCUCACAGAUGUCUCAGGGGGGCGUGGCGGUUCCUCAGGGAGGGGCCCAACAGGUUGGGGGAGGACAAAUGAUUGACACAAUCAAGAGACAUGAGGUGGACCGAGUACUCAACACACAGAAUGAACUCAUACAGGAGGCCAGGCAGAUCAGGAACAUAGUAAAUGAUGUACAACAGCGAGCCAACAUCAUUCAGAACAGCAUGGGUCAGGGAGGACAGCAGGUGCAGCAUGGGGGCGGGGCAGGGGGCGGGGUCAACCCUCAGAUGGCGCUAGUCAUGCAUGAGCUGCAGGAGAACCUGCGUCUUGUGAAGACCGACGUGGCUCACAUGCUCAACAGGCCCCAGGGUGCUGGAGGGUGUCCAUUGCCACCACCUUGCCUUUCCUCAAGUGUCUUUUUUGUUGCCAUAGCAAUACAGCUGGCUAUUCUUAUAGGUUACAUGGUGUAUAGACAAAACAAAGAGAACCAGGCCAAAAAGUUCUUCUAGACUGCAUCACCACUAGUAACAGCUAAUUAAUGUAUCGCUGAUGUCAGAGGCUCACAUCCCCUUAGCAAGAAUAACAGACUCCAUGGAACCUCGGUAGAACCUGUCAGACACAUUGAUUAGGAAGGAUUGUUGUCAGAAAUUAGGUCAAUCUGUCAGAUAUGCAUGCUUGUUGCAUGUGAUUAUUUCAAAGUAUCGGGUACAUGACAGACAUCAGGUCUGUCAGAUUAUUUUUUCAUCAGAUUUGUCAGACUUUUUGACAGGUUUCUUGGAGUCUGGGAGGGUACAUUAUUAUACCCCCACAAACGAAGUUUAGGGGGGUAUAUAGGAGUGAACUUGUCUGUUGGUCGGUCUGUAUUAAGUGUCCGCUCUCUAAUUUAAGUAGUUUUCAUCAGAUCUUCACCAAACUUGGUCAGAAGUUGUAUCUACAUGAUGUCUAGGCCAAGUUCGAACAUGGGCCUUGCCGGGUCAAAAACUAGGUCACGGGGUCACUUAGUGCGUUUUAAACAUUCAGCAUGUCGUCCGCUCUCUAAUUCAAGUAGUUUUCAUCCCAUCUUCACCAAACUUGGUCAGAAGUUUUAUCUAGAUGAUCUGAAGGCCAAGUUCGAACAUGGGCCAUGCCAGAUCAAAAACUAGGUCACAGGGUCACUUAGUACGUUUUACACAUUGAGCAUGGUGUCCGCUCUCUAUUUCAAGUAGUUUAAAUCCGAUCUUCAUCACACUUGGUCAGAAGUUGUAACUUGAUAAUGUCUAGGGCAAAUUUGAAUAUGGGUCAUGCUGGGUCAAAAACAAGGUCACGGGGUCAUUUAGUGCGUUUUAAACAGCACAAUGUUGUCCGCUCUCUAAUUCAAGUAGUUUUCAUCCAAUCUUCACCAAACUUGGUAAGAAGUUGUAUCUAGAUGAUGUCUUGGUCAAGUUUGAAUAUGGGUCAUGCCAGGUCAAAAACUAGGUCACGGGGUAUCGUAGUGUGUUUUUAACCUCACCAUGUUGUCCGCUCUCUAAUUCAAGUAGUUUUCAUCCAAUCCUCACCAAACUUCGUCACAAGUUUUAUCUAAAUGAUCUCUAGGACAAGUUUAAACAUGGGUCAUUUAGGGCCUAAAACUAGGUCAAGGGGUCACUUAGUGCAUUUUUUAACAUUCAGCAUGGUGUCCCCUCUCUAAUUCAAGUAGUUUACAUCCGAUCUUCACCAAACUUGGUCAGAUGUUUUAUGGAGAUGAUCUUAAGGCCAAGUUAGAACAUGGGCCUUUCUGGGUCAAAAACUAGGUCAAGGGGUCAUGUGGGGGUAUUCGUCACGUCUAUGACAAAGCUCUUGUUUAAUAUUGUUUUUUUUUAUAUUUUAUAUAUUUCAGAUAUAUUAAGUUGUUUAAACGUAAAUCAGUUAUCUAUUUGUGAUAUUUAUAAGACUAUAUGACUUUUAUUCAGACCAGAGCUACAAGCUAGCAUUUUGAAAUUUGAUAUGCUUAUCGUAUCAUAACUGGUAUAAUAUAUGUAUUUUAAAUCAAACAUAUUUUUUCUGGAUAUUUGCAAUUGAUAACAGUGCAGGGUUAAAUUGUGAUUCUGAGACUGGCAAUGCAUUCUUUAGCUUGUUCAACAUGUAUAGAAAUCUAUAGAUCUAUUUUUAAAUUUAUCAUUCAGACAUCAUUUUGAUCUCUGUGAAGAUCUUCAUUCAAUGUCCUAGACUUAACAGAUAAUUGUUGCUGAGGGUUUGUUGUAAAUACUUGUUGAAUGGAUGGUAAGGUGUCUUUUUUUUUUAAAGCACUGUGCAAAACAUUUUUUUAAAUGAUUAAUUAUAUAUUAUUGAAAGUGCAUCUGCAUUUUUUUCUCAAUACCAUUAGGUCUUUUUAUGUUUUGUUUUUAAUUGAGUGUCACUUCAAAUAAAAACCUGUUUUGAUUAGGAAAUAUUAUAUAAUAAAUAAUGAGCUUCUUUGAUAAUUUAAUGGGUGUGUAGAAAAAAAUGUCUUAAUAUUUACUGCUUUAAGCUAAUUUUUACAUUUCUUUAAUUCUCCUGGUGGAUAGUUUCAUAUGGUAUCAAUAUAUGGUAUUACUAUUGUGUGUGUUUGUGUGUGUGUUUUAUUUUAGCAGCAACCAACAAAUGUACUUUUCUUGGCAGAUAUAUACAUCAAAAUAUUGAGAUUACCUAAAGAAUCAAAAAAUAAUUGUGUUAUUCAAAGAAAUGUGUUUAGAAUUAGCUGACUAUUUUAUUGUAUACAUCAAAACUGAUGAAAAGGUGUUCCAAAGCUUGAUGGCUAAAUUUGGUGUACAAUUCUUCAUAGGUAUAAAUUUAUAUAUACUUGUUAAGGUUUGAUGUACAUAAGCUAAUAUUUAAAUUAUGUACUUGUUAAAAGUUGAUGUAAAUAAGCUUUUUUUAUGUAAGUUGCCUUGUAAGUAGUAAAAUUAUUUCCGUAAGAACAAAUUUUACUUUGUCACUAUUUUGUGUUAGCAUUUAUGAUUCUGCAAUUUAUCUUAUUGAUAUCGUCAUCCCUCUACUACUCUGAAGCAAAGUGAACAUUGUUUUAUGUAACCAGUAUAAAACAAGAGCAGCCUGCAAGUAAUUCAGGUUUUAUGCUAUAUGCUGCUCAUCAGUAUCUUAGGCAAGGUAAAUAAGUCUUUAAAGCUGGAAUAUC